AUGGCCGCAUAUGACACCGACAGGCGGCGGUCCACCGGGCCCGCCGCGGACGACGACGCCGUCCGGGACGUCGAAAAGUCCGGCGGUGACGACCACCAUGACGAUAAGGCCGCCAUUCUAGAGCCUCAGCUUGGCGUCGGCGGUCACGGACGCACCCAGCGCCGCCUGCGCGACUACCAAGUCACCAUGAUAGGCUUCUGCAGUGGCAUCGGAACCGGUCUCUUCAUCGGAACGGGCUCGGCGUAUGCCAAGGCUGGUCCUGCUGGCUUGUUGCUCGCGUACAUCAUUGUUGGAGCUGUUCUUUGGUGUGUGAUGCAGAGUAUCGGAGAAUUGGCGACUUUGAUUCCAACUGCCGGAUCUUUUCCCCACUGGGCCACUCGCUUCAUUGAUCCCGCCGUUGGUUUCUCCCUCGCCAUCUCCUACGGGUACUGCUACACCAUCGCCAUUGGAUCCGAAGCCUCAGCAGCAGCAAUCCUUGUAUCAUACUGGACAGACAUAACUCCUGCCGUCGUAAUUACCGUCUCCCUCGUUCUGAUCCUUGCCUCCAAUCUGCUCAGUGUACGUUGGUACGGCGAGACAGAGGUCGUCGGCGGGUCCAUCAAGGUUCUCUGCUUCAUCGGCCUCGUCUUCACCUCGAUCAUCAUCACGGCCGGCGGCGGUCCCAACCACGAGGCCAUUGGCUUCCGCUACUGGAACCACCCGGGCGCCUUUGUCGAGUACAACGGCAUCAAGGGCUCGACCGGCCACUUCCUUGGAUUCCUCGCGGCUUUCGUCAACGCCUCUUUCUCCUUUAUCGGUGUUGAGACUGUCGUCAUCAGCGCCGCUGAAUCCGUCAACCCCCACAAGGCCAUCCCGAAUGCCGCACGCCGCGUGACGUGGCGCAUCGGUCUGUUUUACAUCUUGGGCGCCCUCCUGAUCAGUCUCAUUGUUGACCCGCGUGAGCCGGGUCUGGUCUCUGGUACCGGAAACGCCAACAGUUCGCCGUGGGUUAUUGCCAUUCAACAGGCUGGAAUUAACAUCCUGCCUUCGAUCGUGAACGCGUGCAUUCUUGUUUCUGCUUGGUCCGCCGGCAAUUCGUACUGCUGGGUUGGCUCGCGCAUGAUUGUGGCGAUGACUACGGACAGACAGCUGCCUCAAUUCUUUGGACGCACGACCAAGUACGGUGUUCCCUAUGUUGCCGUCAUCACUGCCUGGCUCUUCGGUCCUUUGGCGUAUUUGAGCCUUGGCUCCGGAGGUGCUGCAGAUGCUUUCCAGUGGCUUCUCAGCUUGAGCACCGUGGCGGGAUUGAUUGCGUGGGCAACCCUCUGCUUCUGCUACAUCCGUUUCCAUCGCGCCAUGAAGGUCCAAGGCGUCAGUCGUGACACUCUACCCUGGAAAGCACCUUUCCAGCCAUAUGCGGCCUGGUUCGGUUUCAUCGGGUCGACGAUCAUCACUCUCGUUGCAGGUUUCUCCGUGUUCCUGGCGGGCAACUGGUCGACUGCGGACUUCGUCUCCUCGUAUAUUGGUAUUCCUAUCUUCAUUGUGCCCAUCAUUGCUUGGAAACUGUACCACAAGACUAAGUUUGUUCGCGCACACGAAAUUGACCUUUGGUCUGGACGCCUUCACGAAUCGGAAUAUAUUCCUGAGAAGCCCAAAGCAUCAACAUUCAAGGGUCGUGUCAAGGAUUGGUUCUCAUAA